CAAACUGUUUUUUUUUUUCACGUGAAACCAAAUGCAACCGUACAGCCUUUUUACUAUCCGUAAAAUUUUUUGCUCCGUGCCUUUAUUCAAUUGCUAAAGCGACAUACAUAUAUUUGUAGCCACACAAGUGUUGUAACAGUUUGUGCUACCGUUUUCAUUCAGUUACAAAAAAAACAUUUGAAGUACAAAUAAGCAGUUAGUCGCACCAAGAAAAUAAAUACGCUUACAAAAAUCUAGAAUUCUUCUAUCAAAAAUGGGAGAUCAAUACAAUUCUGAUUUCAAAAACCCGACUGCUCCACAAGCGCAACAGGACCAACAAUCUCCCCCUGCCUACGCCUCGGCUACAGUGGCCCCCAUGUACCCAACUAAUUCUCCAUCCCCUAACCCGUACGGCAACGCUCCGCCGUAUCCUACUAAUCAGCAAAGCCAGCAGCAGCAUCCGCAGGCUAAUUAUGGGGCUCCUCCUCCCCCUGCUCCUGCUGUAUACCCGCCAUACCCAGGGCAAGGGUACCCUCCUCCUGGCUAUGGAGUAAAUGGGCAGCAACCUCCAGUCGUUGUGGUCCAGCAGGCACCACGAUUGGGCCAUGAACCCUGCAACAUGAAGUGUCCUCACUGUCAUGCCAGCAUACAGACUACAGUUGACUAUGAAGUGUCAAUGGGCACUUGGCUGAUGUGUCUCAUCAUUUUUGGAGUGGGAUUUCUGGUCACUCUCGUCUUCCUCAUCGGAUUCGUUGCGUGGUUCUUAUGCUGCGUGCCCUGUUGUAUGAGAGACUGCAAAGCGGCUGAACACACUUGUCCCAAAUGCCACGCUUUCAUCUACAGGGCAAACCCUAAAUAUCUCAGCUGAACAGAUGAGAACUGAAGAACUGAACUGCCGGAUCUUUUUAUAGUAUCAGCCCAAAGUCCAAAACAACAAAACUUGGACACAGAAGGCUCGAAAUUGCCUAGUUUCAAUACAAACAGUUGAAGUGAUAGUGUAAGCAUGGCAAUUCCCGAACUUGCUCUUUUUUGUUUCGAAAUU